CCAUUUACUAGUCAGCCCUCCAGUUGCCAGUUUCACCAGAGAGUUUACAGUAAAGUGUGUGGGAAGUACAUGUAAAGUGCAUGUAGUCCUAUGGUUUCUAAAUUCUUUGUACCUUCGGCUAAGGACAUAGCCUACUGUAUGUUAUACAGAAACUUAUAUAAGCCAAAAAAGUAAAUGUUGAACUCUUUGUCGCUUAGAAAGUUUGUGCACGAGAGCAACGACGCGUCUUAUCACGCCUACAUACAUGUAUUAUGUUUUCCUAAAGGACCGGAACUUGACUCAAGGUCAAGCUCAUAGCAUUUAAUGGAACUUUAGGUGUGAAAAAGUAUAAAAGCCGGUCCAUGUUGGAGCCCACUCAGUUUUGGUCACAGAAGUUCAUUUUGAAAGUGAGGAGAAUUUAUUCAUCAUGUUCUUUGUGCUGAAGCUCUUGGUUGUUCUUUUUCUGAGUUCUUUCGUUCUAGCUGUGCAAGUUCACGGGGACGGAGAAAACGCCGUGUGCGAAAACAAGCACCACAAAGAACAAAAAGCCAAAAGGAACAAUAACCUGUACACCGAGGUCUUGUCAAGACUACGGUGUCUGGGAGAUCUCAAACAACGUCCUGAUUACCACAACAACCUGUUUACGAGUUUCCUUUCGGCUGUAGAUAAAUUUCACUUUUCAGAUUUCGUCAGUUUUAUAGAUAAUGCCGAGAAGGAGCGAAAGGAAAAUGGACAACUGAAUCAAGAUAUUGAUCACGUUGGUAGCCAACAAACAAGUCGAGGGGUACGUAGUUCCGAGACACGCGAGUCAAUAAAAGGUAGAGAAAACUUUGUGAAGAUAAAAGAUGCGUUAGGUGAUGAUACAACAACUGACACAGGAUUCAGCUCUAACAAUGGAACAGAGGAGAAAGCCAGGAGAGACGUUUUGAGAAAAGCUUCUUCGGUUUGUUUCCAGGAUGUGGCCCGAACCGUUCAAGCAUUUAUCGACGAAGAGUCAUGGGCGAUUGAAAUGCUUGACGCGUGGGGUAAGCCCGGCCCCUCCCUCACAAGGGGGCGUUUCCAGUUUGUGGGUAACUACGACCAGUGUAGAGACGCCAGAGCCCCGCCCCCUUUGGGAGAAGAAAGACAAGGCUUUCACGGCCGUUAUUGUGUUCUUCGGCUGGACUAUGGACAAGAGUCUUCAUUUGAUUUAACUGGGGUCCCAACGCUCUCACAUAGCAAGCAGUUGCAGAUUGGCAGCUGUAUACCAGACUCGUGCAAAGAGCAGGAACUCACGCAGCUCGUCAGACAGGCCCUGGAGAUGGUCAACAUGACGUCACAGCUGUCCCCCGGUCCCAUGGAGUGCCGAGAUGACCACAGGGGAGGCUCAACCUUCACCACUCUGGCCGCAAUAUUCUUCUCAAUUAUUGGCGCACUGAUGAUCGCGGGCACCGUAGUUGACGUCGCUUACGUCCAGUGGCCGGCCUGGGAGGCUGAGAGAGUCAAGUCACGUGGUCUCACCCACAAGGAAAGCACGCCGUCUGAAGGACAAGAACCCCAAAAAUCGGGGCAGGACAAGCCAGAACAAGAGGACCGGGCAGGGGAGACAUCUGCUCUCUCGGGGCGUUCCGAGAACUAUGCACCACCGAGUCCCUUUUGGGAAUUCGUCCUGCAGGUCCUGCUCUCCUUCUCCGUCUACUCCAACGCCCAGAAAAUCCUGUCUACCAAAGAGGCCCCUGGCGCCAUCAGCUGUAUUCAUGGACUCCGCUUCUUCAGCAUGACGUGGCUCAUGCUGCUUCAUCUCCACGUGAUGUUUGCGAGUUAUCUAGCCAAUCCUCAAAGACUGUUGACAGUAUUAGACAGCUGGUCUUUCGACACAAUUUCCAACGGCUUUAUUGGUGUAGACACAUUUUUCACACUGGGCAAUAUGUACGCAGGCCUGGCAGUGUGUGGGACGGUUCUGUUGUCCAGCUGGAUAGUUACUGGUGUCCUCAGCUGGAACAGAGGUUGGGUGGCUUCAGACUUUGCCAUGGUUUUCACCCACCCACAACUGGACAGAGGUAUUGGCUACUACAUGGCUCCCUACACCAGAGUAGGACCCUUCGUCAUCGGAAUUUUGGCCGGCUACCUCAUGGCGCGACACGGCGGCCGGAUCGCCAUGAAGUGGUACGUGGUGGUCGUUGGCUGGGCCGUUGCCGUGGCAACUUGCCUUGCGGUUGUUUACGGUAUCCAUGGCGACAUAACUGCUAAGGACCCCAGCUCCACAGAAGUUGCCGCUCUCUACAACACUUUGUCCAGGUCGGCAUGGUCUGUCGCCAUCAGCUGGGUCGUCAUUGCCUGUGCUUCGGGAUACGGAGGUCCUGUGAACUGGCUACUGUCGUUGAAACCGUUGAUCGUGCUGAGUCGUCUGUCCUAUCUCGGCUACCUGAUCCACCCGUACAUCAUGUACAUCUACUUUGGCAACCAGGGAACUCCUUUCAUGUUUACAGACUCCAACAUGAUAUUUGGCUUUGUGGGCGUGUUGGGUGUGUCGUGUAUGUGCUCCUUCCUUUUUCAUCUGGCCGUGGAGUCUCCGAUGGUGGAGCUGGAGAAGACUUUUCUCAAGAAGCAUUGAUGCUGUUGGGACAUCGGUGCAUACUUUGGUUGUUUUUGUUUUUAAAAAUUUAUCUUUGUGUU